CAUGUCUUUGCUCUUUGACCCAAAGACAUGAUCGUUAUGACAGGAAGGUAAAAGUCGUUAUUAAUUAAACUUGGCGACAGUAUAUUGGUCUCCCAUAAAAUUUAAUCGUACACGACAACAUCACGACACAUGACACGCGCUUCCGGGGGAAAACUUUCAGUAGCUACUGCGCGUUUGACUGUGAUCCAGCGUCUUCCCUGGGAAGAAAAUGCAGUAUGAUGGGCGCUGUCACCAGUGUUUCACAGCCAGCCGGUGCAUUUCCCAGCUCAGUUCAUAAAUGAGCCAGCGCGCAACGGCCAGGAUCUGUAGGUGUGCGCAACUUGGGAAAAUAACGCAUGGAUCAAAAUGAGAAACUGAACUAUAUGGAAUGAUUGUACCACUUUCUUUGCCCAGAAACGGACUUGCGUCCUGUAAUUUCUACUGGACUUGAAUCGUGAAACCAAGCAAACAUGGGGUUAUCCCGAAAUGAAACGAUAUUUUUGGCAGAGGACCACAUGGAAACGAACCAAACGACCGACGCUUUUGGUCCGGAGGUGGUGAUUGUUCCUGUCGUCUUUGGGUGUAUAUUUUUUCUGGGAAUUAUUGGGAACACUCUAGUGAUGGUUGUUAUUGGGAAAAUUAAGUCAAGGCGCUCGAGAAGCACCACUAACAUUUUCAUUUUAAAUCUAAGUAUAGCAGAUUUGUGUUUUCUUCUGUUCUGCGUCCCGUUUCACGCCACCAUCUACUCUCUUCCCGAGUGGAUCUUCGGGGCGUUUCUGUGUAAAUUCGUGCACUAUUUUCUCAUGGUCAGCAUGCUGGUGAGCAUUUUCACACUUGUUGCAAUGUCUGUGGACAGGUACAUUGCCGUGGUUCUCUCAAAAAAGUCCCCAUGUAUUCGUAACCGGAGGAAUGCGCUCAUUGGCGUGUGUGUCAUCUGGAUGCUUUCUUUUAUCUUUGCCGUCCCGGUUGCGCAGCACCAGAUUUUGAUGGAUCACCCCAAGGCUCCUAACAGCUCGUUCUGCUGGGAGAUUUGGACCGAACGGGUGGCCAAGCACACCUAUAAAGUCACCAUUCUCGUGAUAGGUUAUCUGUUACCUUUGGUUUUGAUCACAUGUUGUUAUGCCAAGGUGUUGUAUCAUCUUCAUAAAAAAAUGAAAAAUAUGUCAAAGAAGUCUAAACGUUCAAAGCGAAAGACAGCUCAGACGGUGUUGCUGGUUGUUGCUGCUUUCCUCAUCUGCUGGAUGCCUCAUCACAUCAUAGCAAUGUGGGUGGAGUUUGGCCAGUUCCCUUUGAACGAUGCUUCCUUUGCUUUUCGCAUCAUGUCACACUGCCUGGCCUACGGAAACUCCUGCGUCAACCCCAUUCUUUAUGCCUUCCUCUCUGAAAACUUCCGAAAAGCCUGCAAGCAGGUCUUCACAUGUCGUUUUUUUUAUUCUCCUCCACCUGUGGAGAAAGUGGUGCGCAUACGCAUGGAGAACUUCUCCACAACGCAUUCCACCACUAACAUAUAAAAACUCAAAAUGUGUUACCAUCACUGUUAAAAUUUCACCAGAAGGGGGCAAAGGCGGUUUUGUUGUUUUAUGCUUUGUAGCUUUAUGUCAUAGAUUUCAUCCAAGGAAGAAAUGAAUAACAAAGACAGUUGUAUUAAACAAAUUUGCUUAUGAAAAGGGAGUUUUUUUCAUUAUUAUUUAUGUACAUAUUUAAUGUGUUUUUAAUGUUUAUGAAAAUAAGUGAAACUGUAGAAACUCAAUUAUUUAAUUACCGUAUAUGAUAAGUUUAUGUUUUAAAGAAGCAAUGAAGAACAUUACAGUGUUUGUAAAUGACCUGCAAAGUGUUGACCUAUACACCAUUUGUGUACUUUAUGUAGUAUUUUAACAAACACUUAGUUUAACAUGCCAGCUGAGAUAUUGUCUUGUGCACUGUGAUUUACUAUUUAUUCAUCAACAUCAGUUUACAUGUAUUAUGUCGUCUACUAUGGUUUUAUGUCAUUAAUAAAUUAAAUAAAAUGCCUAAUUUAAGGAA